AUGGCGGCCGUCUACAAAUCCGUCAGCAAGCAGCCAAAUGGCAAAGCGAAAACAGACGACAACGAGCCGAAACCCAAAAAUCGCCAGCGAGUCCUCAUCCUAACCUCGCGAGGCGUGACCUACAGACACCGCCACCUCCUCAACGACCUGCACUCCCUCCUCCCACACUCCCGCAAAGACGCCAAACUCGACACCAAAACCCAACUGCACCAACUAAACGAACUCGCCGACCUCUACAACUGCAACAACGUCCUCUUCUUCGAAGCCCGCAAGGGCAAAGACCUCUACAUCUGGCUGUCCAAACCGCCCAACGGCCCGACGGUGAAACUGCACUGCCAAAACAUCCACACCAUGGAGGAGCUGAACUUCCCGGGGAACUGUCUGAAGGGCUCGAGGCCGGUGUUGAGUUUCGACGCGAGUUUCGAGAAGCAGGCGCAUACAAGGGUGAUUAAGGAGUUGUUGACGCAUACGUUCGGGGUGCCGCCGACGAGUCGCAAGACGAAGCCGUUUGUGGAUCAUGUUAUGGGGUUCACGUUGGCGGAUGGGAAGGUUUGGAUCAGGUGUUAUCAGAUUCAGGAGACGGAGGCGACGAGCAAGGGCGAGACUCAAGUUUCGCUGCAGGAGAUUGGGCCGCGAUUGGUUCUUACGCCGAUUGUGAUGUUGGAGGGAAGUUUUGGUGGACCGGUCAUUUAUGAGAACAAGGAGUUUGUGUCGCCGAACCAGAUCAGGAGUGAUUUGAGGAAGGCGAAGGCUGGGAGGUAUAAUCGUCGUACUGAGGCGACGGUUGAGAGGAAGGCCAAGAAGAGGGACAUGGGUCUCAGGACGGGUGAGGGCACGAGGGAGGUCGAUGAGCUGGAUGAGAGAGUACUCUUUGCUUGA